GUCAGUGGAAUACUCAGUGGAAGAAUACCUCAGCAACCGCUUCCAGGUGUGACGUGAGCAAGUGAUAAACGCGAUCGUGAUCUAGGUUCCCACUCCACACCCCCUCAUCAGCAUCAGCAUCUGCAGUGUCGCAAAGUGUCAUCCCGAGGGAUUAAUAUUUCAGAUAUGGUGAAUAAAUUGGCCGUAGUUAUAGUAGCGGUGGCUUUGAUUGCCCAAUGUGUCUACGGAUUACCGGCACCGCAAUGGUUAUCGUUCAAAGAUGGUAAAUUUGGCGUCGGAUACGGUGGCUAUCACGCCGAAGCAGGACUAGGCGGAUUCCUUGGGGGCAAUAAAGGUUUCGGAGGCCUUUCGGCAUCCGCUGGAACACCAAAUGGACAGCACGCCGGAGCCGGAUUGGGUGGCAUACUGGACGGAAAUGCCAAAACUGCCGGAGGAGCAUAUGCAGGAGCUUCCGCGGGACAGGGAGUCGGUGCCAGUGCGGCCAUUGGAGGCAACUUAAACGGUGCAGGUGGCGCUGGAGGUACCGGAGCUGAAGCACACGCCGGAGGCGUUAGCAAGAAAGUUGUGAAGCUUGGUCAAACCGAUGUUGGCGAAACCAUUUAUACGCAUGAAGUUCCACCCGCUCCGCAGUCCGUAAAUACUCGAUUCAAUCAGGAUUUUGAAACAAAUACUAGGACAAAAACGAUUGUGAAGGAAGUUCAUACUGAUCUUGAGGCACCGCCAGUAGUUCAGCCUCACGUUCACACUCGCACAAAAACGAUCUACAAAAAGAAGGUCAUCACUCGCCCGCAUAAGGCACAAGCUUCCUCCAAUGGACCAACAAGCGGAUCAGGUAGUGGAGGACAUGCGAAUAACCCGAAUUUCUGGAAUGACAUUUUCAACAUUCCGAUAUCUACUUUGAAUGCUGUUAGCCAGUUUCUCAACGGUAAUAAAGGCAACGGUAAUGGAGUGGACAAUGCUCAUAAGGCUACGUAAAGCAGCACUUAUAGCUACCUGCAUGACCCUGAAAUAUUAUCAGUGAAUGUCGGAAGGAAAAGAUUCUCUACAUAAGUAUUAUUACAGACCUACAACAGAUGCAAUGCAUUUUUGAAAACAAA